AAUGCCAUUUUUGCAGUUUUUAUAAAUAAUAUUAUUUUAUUCCACUAGAUUUAAUCAUGUCUGAUUUAAAAAUAUGUCGAAUUUGUUUGCGAACGGGAGCUAAAGUUUACAAAUAUGAUCAAUAUCAACUUAAAUCUUAUUACGAAGAAGUUUUGGCAUUAAAGGUGUAUGAAGAUGAUUGUCUGCCUCGUUACUUUUGCUACGAAUGCUCCACGAUUCUGCACAAAUUUCACAAGUUCAAGGAGAAAUGCUACAGAGGACAGAAAACACUUAAGGACUUACUUUGGAAGGGUCCUAUUACAUAUGAAUCGGUAUAUAAAAUAGAUAAAACAAAUCUUGAAUCUAGUUUAGCUGUAAUACAUACGACUGAUAGAGUUAAGACUUACACUAUAGAUAAUUCAAUUGAUGAUGAAACAGUAUAUGAUGAGAAACAGGAUAGUAUGGAUUAUGAUGUGUUCAUAGAGACAGAUUCAAAUGAAACAAACAGACCGGCAACAGUAUUCAUAGAUGUUAAGAAGGAAUGCAUUAAUUUUAAGAAUGAAUUUAUCAAAGAAAGAAGUAAAAGUAUAAGUGAAAAACCAAACAGAAGAUUGGAUCCGGAAAGUUGGAAAGUUAAUAUUCUGUCAGAGGAAGAAGCUGUAAGGGAAUUUAGAUUAAGAGCUGAAGAUUCAAAAUAUUUAGCAGCAGCUUUUAAAUGCCAGGAUUGCUUUAAAGGUUUCUCCAAAGAAGACAUGUUGAAACGUCACAAACAAUUAAGACAUAGUGAAGAAUUGGGUAUAUUUGAGUGCAAGUUCUGCCGGAUGCGUUUCAAAUGGGAGUGCCAUCGUCGCAGGCACAUCCGUCAGCACUACACCAAAUAUGAAUGUCUCAGGUGUCAUCUUGUCUGUCCGUUAGAAAGUACUGCAAUACUCCAUGAGGAAUAUCACAGCGGGAUCAAAAAAGAGUGUGUACACUGCGGACAACAGUUUAGACACGCGUCUACGUACUACACGCACCUGCGCACGCACCGCAGCGAGUUCGUGUGCGCGGUGUGCGGCGCCUCCUUCGUCAGCCAGGCCGGACUCCGCCAGCACCAGCGACUCAAGCACACCGCGCAAGAAAGUCCGGAUGAUGAUGAUGAGGAGGAGGUGAACACAUACUGUGAGCGCUGCGACAUGCGCUUUGAGACGCGCAAGGCCUACGAGGGACAUCUGUUCCACUCCGCUAUGCAUGCCAAUGAUAUUGAAGAUGAGAAUGAGAGUCAUGAGAGCGCUCACAAGAAAGUGUUGGGAAAGAAAAUGCAAGCCAAGAUCAGUAAAGGACUUAAACGCAGAAAAAGCGAAGAGUACGCCAUCAUUGCGGAGGGCAAGAGACGUAGGAAGUUGAAGAGGAAGCGAAGGAAACCCACCACCUGCUAUCAGUGCGGGCUGCAGUUCGAGUCUCAGUCGGCGUGUCUGCGACAUCACCAGGCGCAGCAUCCGCGCACCUCCUUCUUCCCGCCGCAUCUCCGACACAUCUGCGAGAUCUGCGGCGCCUCGCUCGCGCCGGGCAGCGUGUCCACACACCAGAACCUGCACACCCGGGAGCGCGUGCACGUCUGCCAGCAGUGCGACAAGCACUUCUACUCCAGGGUCGCCUUGAAGAGGCAUCAACUGACGCACACAGGAGAGAAGCCGUUCCUGUGUCCGCAGGAGCAGUGCGGGAAGCGCUUCACUCAGAGCAACAGCAUGAAGCUGCACUACCGCACCUACCAUCUCAAACAUCCAUAUCCCAAGCGAUCGAGACCGAAAAAGAAGAUAGAAAUAAUAGACAAUAUAGAGAUAGAAGAUAGCUCAGAGGAGUCUGACGACAGUCUACCGGAGCCCGAAAUUGACAAUCCUCUGAUAGAAGUGACGCUGGAGCCCAACCUGAGGGAGGUGAGGCCGGAGGAGUUGGGGCAGGACGCGGCGCUGGUCAGCACCAGCCUGGAGAUGGUGCACGAUCCUCUGCCCGAGAGGCAUGCUGCUGAUGAUACUAUACAUUAUUUAACUUUGUCUUAUACUUGAAUUUUAUUUCACA